CCACAGAAGGGCAUUGCAGUUGCCCCAUCUCGGUCUCUGGAGGGGGAGAGCCCUCGGGGGGAUCUCUGCCCUGCAGUCCCCAAAGCUUGACGUCAUCCUCUGGCUUCUACACACACAACGCCUACGACAGCUGCAAUGGGCAUUCCCCACCUGGAACGGCCAGCCAUCACGUCAGCCCGGACUCCGCCACCUCCGGCUUCUCAGGAUCGCUUUUCUCUGGAUCAGCCCUCUCAGGCGUUUCUAACCAGCGGGAGCGUGGUGGGCUUCUCUCACCCAGCACUUUUGGCACUUCUGAAUUCUUGGUGAACCCUUUGGAACCCCAAAACGCAGACAAGAUCAGAGUGAAGAUUGCAGAUCUGGGCAAUGCUUGUUGGGUG